UGACAUUGUGACCCGGAACAUGUAGUUCAGUUCGGACAUGUGGGGUCACUGGACGUAAAAGUCUUUGGUACAACAUUUUGUGAUUUUAGUUUCAUUUCACUUUUGGAUUAGCUGUCGUAUUGUUGUUUAUUGGGUCAUUUAAAAUCUAGAUAAAGCUUUACGUGUUUACGUGUUUAAGCUAGCAUUUCCAGCUAGCACAGCCAGCUAAUGAUACACGUAAACAAACUGGGGACGCUGUAAAACGCACCGAGGCCCCAGUGCCCGGGUCAGUGCCCAGGUCGAACCAUGGCUGACGACCCGCAGAGAAACUUCCGCUCUGCGUAUUAUGAAAAAGUGGGUUUCAGGGGAGUGGAGGAGAAGAAGUCACUGGAAAUACUGCUCAAGGAGAAUCCUCUAGGAUGUUUCUUGUUUUACUUUGAUGCAGAUCUAGAAAAGCUGAGCACCUUCAGUCAGAGGUUCCCGCUGCCCUCCAUGUACCGGAUUCACGUGUGGAAGGUUUUGUUGGGCAUCCUCCCUCCCCACAGCGACUCUCAUGCUUUGGUUGGAGGCUACAGGAAGGAGCAGUACCAGGACAUCAUGGAGGCUCUGGAGGUGAUGAGGUACAUUAACUCCUCCACGCCUUCCACUCACGUCUACCUGCGUAUGUUCCAGCUGGAGAACCAGGCCCUCCCACGGUGCUCCGAGACCCAGCUGCCGGAUGAAGAAAAUGAAGACUUCCUCUCCAUCAGCCGAGCCAUGGAAGAGAUCGUAGAUGAUCCAGUCGACUGCUACUGGCUGAUCAAAUGUUUCAUUAAUCAGUUUCACAUGAAGUUUGGAGACUCAGUACCACACCUACCGAAGAGUCUGGAGCAUUAUCUGAGUCAGGAAGAACCUCGCCUGCUGACUCACCUGAAGAGCACCGGAGCACUGCCUCAGCUGCCGUUCAGCCUCUGGUUCAGACGCUGCUUCGCUGGCUGCCUGCCCGAAUCCAGCCUGCAGAGGGUUUGGGAUAAAGUGAUCAGCGGCUCCUGUAAGAUCUUAGUCUUUGUUGCCCUGGAGAUCCUGCUCAGCUACAAGAUCAUGUUGAUGGGCAUCAACCGGCCGGACGGCGUGGUCAGGUUUCUGUGUAACAUCCCACAGGAAAACACCGACGCCAUCGUCACUAAAGCCAUCGAUCUGUGGCAGAAGUAUUGCGGCAACCCCAACCACGCCGUUUAGGAAGCAGAAAUCUGGAUGCUUUCUCUGAGUCCACCAGGACAACGCCUGGUCCUGCACUUGGAGGGUUGCUGGUUUAACCCAAGCUCAUUCUGCCGGUGUCCUUCCUGCCUGACCUCUGGUAACCAACCAUGGGACAACUGGAGACGUCCAGGAUGUCCCCCAGCUCCCCGCGAGCCUACCUGGAAAUAAGCGGCUCACUUCUAAUGAGCCGAGGGACCUCGGAGCUGCUUUUUGUUCCCGUUUCAGCUUCCAGCGAGGAACGCGGCACACAGACCAGCUACCACACAGAAGUCACAAACUCAUGAUUUUUAAGAAGUUUCUUUUCUUUAACAAAGUGUGUACAUCAUAGAACACUCACAAUAAAUAACACACACACAUGCAGCUUCGUGUUUACAAAAACGGAUCUGAAAACCUGUCCGUAUGUUCAGCCUCUGAAAACGUAGCGUUAGCGGCACUCACGCCCCCCCAGGAGGUCGCCUGUGUCCAAUUCAUGAACUGUAAACAAAAAUAGAAGGCUGCAGGUUUUCUAACAAUAAAAAGUAUAAAACCCGUCUGUUUUAAGUCGGCUGAGA